CUUCUGUCUGUUGUGUCGCUGCCUCGAAGACCUUUACGUUUUCUGUGGCCGUCGUUUUUCUUUUAUUUUUACUCCGUUUUCUAAAAAUACGAGCGGAGUUUUUUUUUCUUAUCUCAGACGUCAUCAUCGACAACCGCCAACUUUAUAAUAAUAAUCUCGGCCGCUGCUGCUGUCGUCUCUUUUAUACGUCGAGGUUUGUCGAAUCUUCUUCUUUGUGGACGCUGAGACAGAGCAAAUAAUCUUUCAAGAAAUCACCAAAGUUUGGAAUGUAGAAACUUGAAUGACACCAAGUGGUGGUAGUGAGCACUGAAUACUAGUUACUUAAUUUUCUACAUAUUCAAUCAAAGUAGAACUAGUCAACAUGACAUCCACCUCAGUUGUAAGCAUUGAAGGCAUGACUUGCCAGUCGUGCGUCAGGAACAUCGAAAGCGUUGUGAGUGUGUUACCUGGGGUGCACUCGGUCAAAGUGAAUCUUGAAGCGAAAGAAGGUACCGUCAUACACGAUUCUCAGGUUAUAUCGGGUACACAGUUAGCCAGCAGAAUAGAUGAUAUGGGAUUUGAUGCAAAACUUUUGACAUCCAAGAAGAAUGACUGCGCCGUGCCUAUCAGUGGAGACGAGAGCCUCUUGCUCUUGGGGGAAGCAUCAGCAGAUGGUAACUCGGAUGAAGUGAAGGUGGCCAAUUUACUGGGUGAACCUAUUAAUUGCGUUUGUAGUGACCUUCUCAUCCAAAUCUCUGUUAAAGGUAUGACAUGCAAUUCAUGCGUUAACAACAUUGAGGGGAAUGUUGGCAAGCAGGAAGGCGUUCGCUCCAUAAAGGUGUCAUUAACAGAUGAAAUGGCAACACUUAUAAUCGAUCCUUCCCAGAUCUCUGCUGAAAUGGUCAGGUCCAUUAUAGAUGAUAUGGGUUUUGAAGCGUCCUUAUUGGAAAGUGAUACAGCGACUGUGAUAAUAAGUAUUAAGGGCAUGACUUGCAUGUCAUGUGUAAACAACAUACAAGGAACCGUAGGGGCAAAGCCUGGUGUUUUGUCUAUUGAGGUGAGCCUACAGGAAGAGAAAGGAACAAUAACGUACAAUAAGAAACUAACCGAUCCGACAACUAUAAGGGAUCACAUAGAUGACAUGGGUUUUGAAGCCGCUAUUUUAAGCGGAGAUAGUCAGGAAACCUGCCAGCCCACUAAGUCUCGGACGUGUGUUAUAUCAAUAAAGGGCAUGACGUGUAAUUCAUGUGUUCGAAAUAUUCAAAGCACAAUUGGUGAAAAACCUGGCAUUAUAGAUAUAAAGGUUGUGUUAGAAACAGAGGAAGGGACAGUUGAAUAUGACUCUUCAGUUUUGUCGGCGGCUGCAAUAGCAGACAUGAUCGACGACAUGGGUUUUGAGGCAUCUGUCAAAAGAUCUGAAUCUAGAGAAGGAGAUUCCAUAUCAGGAUCUCCCACCAGUAGCAAAGUUAAAUCAGCAAAAUCGAGUAAAGAAGGAAGUGUGAACAGUGUGUACCAGAGCAAUGCAGCCUUUGAAGGUGACGAAGGGGAUUUAGAGAAGUGCUUUUUGAGGAUCAGUGGCAUGACAUGUGCAUCCUGUGUUGCUGCUAUUGAGAAGCAUGCCAUGAAAAUCACAGGAGUUCAUAGUAUCCUUGUGGCUCUCAUGGCAGCCAAGGCUGAGGUUCGAUAUGAUGGCUCUCAAGUGUUGCCCCAAGAGGUGGCCAACAGCAUAAGCGAACUGGGUUUCCCUACCACUGUAUUAGAGGAAGUUGCCAAUCAGGGGGAAGUAGACAUUGAGAUAUUGGGUAUGACUUGUGCCUCCUGUGUCCAUGCCAUUGAAUCCAAUGUGCUGAAAGUUAAAGGUGUGAAGACUGCAGUGGUGGCUUUAGCUACUGAACGUGGUAAAUUUACUUUUGACCCAGCAAUUACCGGACCACGGGACAUAAUUGAAUGUAUAAAUGGUCUUGGAUUCAAUGCUUCUCUGUACAAUAGUGGGGCUGGCAAGGGCAACUAUUUAGACCAUAGGAAGGAAAUAAUAAAGUGGAGAAACUCAUUCAUAGUAUCACUCAUAUUUGGUGUUCCAGCAAUGAUGGUGAUGAUUUAUUUCAUGGCCAUGAUGAAACACAUGACUCAUGAACAGAUGUGUUGUGUCUUUCCUGGUCUCUCUUUGGAAAAUCUCCUCCUUUUCCUUCUUGCCACUCCAGUUCAGUUUAUUGGGGGAAGACACUUCUAUGUACAAGCCUUCAAGGCACUACAACAUAAAACAGCAAAUAUGGAUGUAUUGAUUAUGUUAGCAACUACAAUAUCUUACAUAUAUUCUCUGGGUGUAGUUAUAGCUGCUAUGGUACUGCAACAGACUGCCAGCCCUAUGACAUUCUUUGAUACACCUCCAAUGCUUCUGGUAUUUGUAUCGCUGGGACGUUGGUUGGAGCACAUUGCAAAGGGUAAGACAUCAGAAGCAUUAGCAAAACUUAUGUCCCUGCAAGCUACAGAGGCCACCCUAGUGAAGUUAGAUGAAGCUACCCAGACCCUUGCUGAAAAGGUCAUUGAUGUUCAACUCAUUCAGCGAGGAGAUGUUCUAAAGGUAAAGCCUGGAGAAAAGAUACCCGUAGAUGGCCGUGUGAUGUCAGGCGAGAGCUUGGCAGAUGAGUCUCUUAUCACAGGGGAAUCGAUGCCCGUGGCUAAGAAGCCAGGCUCACAGGUGAUAGGAGGUUCAAUCAACCAAAAUGGACUUCUUAUGGUCAAGGCUACACACAUUGGUCAGGAUACAACUUUGUCCCAGAUAGUUAAAUUGGUAGAAGAAGCGCAGACAUCCAAAGCCCCAAUUCAACAGCUUGCAGACAAAAUAGCUGGCUAUUUUGUCCCUAUGGUUGUGAUAGUCUCAACUCUCACACUUAUCUGUUGGAUAGUAAUUGGUUUUGUGGACAUGUCUCUUAUAGAACCAGAACAUGAAUUAAAGGUAGAAGAAGGAUUUACCCAUUUGGAAAUUGUGCUCGAGUUUGCCUUCCGAUGUGCUAUUACUGUUUUAGCAAUUGCCUGUCCGUGUGCCUUAGGGUUAGCUACCCCCACUGCAGUCAUGGUUGGCACAGGAGUUGGAGCUACGAAUGGUAUUCUUAUUAAGGGUGCAGAGCCUCUUGAAAAUGCUCACAAGGUCAAGGUUGUUGUCUUUGAUAAGACAGGUACAAUAACUCAUGGAACACCCACUUUAGCAAAGCUGAGCAUUUUUGUAAAUGAAACUGUAUGUAAUUUGGCUCAGUUUCUAGCCAUAGUUGGCACAGCAGAGAACAACAGUGAACACCCAAUUGCAAGUGCAAUCUCCAAAUUCUGCCGUCAAGCCCUUGGUAACCUUGGUGGCCAGUGUGAAGAUUUCAAAGCUGUGUCAGGUUUUGGGCUUCAGUGUACAGUUGCAGGAAUUGGGGGCCUCUUGGAAGCUGCAAAGUCAUCAGAGCUCUUACUAAAUGCAAAAAACCUCACUAUCAAUUACAUUAAUGAGUAUGGGCUAACAGAAUUUUCUGGCCAAUCACAGCAAAAGAGGGAAAAUAUGUUUGUGAUUGGUGAUGUUUUGGUAGAUUACACAGAUGCGCCAAGUAUGCCCAGGAAAGAGAACAUAAAUGCCUUCAUUGCUAACACCACUGAGAAUGAGGAAUGCAAGGAACCAUACAAGGUUUAUAUUGGCAAUAGGGAUUGGAUGAAUCAGAACAAGGUUUUUGUACCAAAGAACGUAGAUGAUCAAAUGAAAGAGCAAGAAGAAUUGGGACGCACUGCCGUUUUAGCAGCUAUCAAUGGUAAAUUAAUUGGAAUGUUGGCAGUAGCAGACACUGUGAAGCCAGAGGCCGCCUUAGCAAUUUAUUCUUUGAGGAAGAGAGGGUUAGACGUUAUUUUAUUAACUGGUGAUAAUCAGAAAACAGCUGCUGCUAUUGCUAAACAAGUUGGCAUCACGAGAGUUUUCGCAGAAGUUCUUCCUUCACACAAAGUAAAAAAAGUGAAACAACUUCAGGAAUCAGGCUUGAAAGUGGCAAUGGUUGGCGAUGGAGUCAAUGAUUCCCCAGCAUUAGCACAAGCAGAUGUUGGCAUUGCAAUUUCGUCAGGAACAGAUGUUGCCGUUGAAGCUGCAGAUGUAGUUUUGAUAAGGAAUGAUCUCAUCGAUGUUGUGGCUUGCCUUGAUCUUUCCAAGAAGACUGUUAGAAGAAUUCACUAUAACUUUGUAUUUGCUUCUAUAUACAACAUCGUGGGAAUUCCUGUAGCAGCUGGGGUUUUCAGACCGCUUGGCUUUGUAUUGAUUCCAUGGAUGGGAUCAGCAGCAAUGGCUUUGAGCUCCGUUUCAGUUGUUGUGUCAUCACUGUUAUUGAAGCUGUAUCGCAAACCUACGAGGGAGUCUCUCUCAACAUUAGAUUUCCAUAAAGCUCAGGAGUCUCGUCUAGCAGGUUUAGAUGAUGACGAUAAUAUUUCAAUUCAUCGUGGCCUGGAUGACAUUCCUGCACCAAACACGCCUUCGUCCACAUUAUCAAGAAUGAGAAGCAACCUUCGCAGCUAUUACCGACGUAGUAAUCAUAAAUGCCAGUGUUCUGGUAUGAGGUUUGGUGGCCAGUGUACAUGCAGCUAUACCAAAUCCCUAAAAGCCAGGUUCAACGCCAUAACAGGUGUGCAGAUAGGAGGUGAGAAUGAUGAGGAAAUGGAGGAACUUCUUUCCGCAGUUGAGUUUUCAGAGGGCUCUAAUGGCUUGCUGUUGGAAGAGGGUGGUGUUGGUAAUGAUGAGGAUGAGUUUGGUGAUGGGGACUUGGUGCACCAACCUACCCUGGUGCCCUCAGAGUCAUUAGUGGUUCAGCUUUAGUUAAUAAGCCUCUGCUUGGCGACUGAUUAGAUAUUCGGCUCUCUGCGAAGGCAGGUAAAACAAGGUCAUUACUUGGUGCCAACCGAUGAUGAUGACCUCGAGGAUCCUGAAGACACUCACUUGGAACUGAAGGCAAUGGCUUAAGAUGUUUCUCUGUUUAGUAUGUAAGGUUUCCAUGAGAGAACUUUUAUUUUUUGAAUAUUAACUGGGUAUUAUUAAAAGACAAUAUAGAUAUAUAUUGUAUACAGUAGAUAGGCUAAGGUGCAAAACUAUAUUGUGAUUGUUAUUUUUGUGUAUUGAAAGGAAAAAGUGUCAGAAAUUAGUCAUCCUUCAGUAUGUAUGCUGUUGCUCUUAUUUUGUGAAGAUUUUAUUUGAUCAGCCUUUUGUUUCCAUUAUUUUUAUUUUUAUUUUUACUGGUGCUGAAUAUGUUAAUUUUUAAGUGAUUGCGUAAAAAAGAAUUUUAUCAAAGCACUCCAACAAGAAGUAGAGAAAGUUUUACAAUUAAUCAUAUUUUAUCCCCACAUAUUGAUUAAAUUGAUAUGUCUUGGUUUUAAAUCUUUUCGGCAGAGCUGAUGCAUGUGCUUGUAAAUAUGUAACAAAAUUUUAAAAAGCUAUUUUCUUCCUGUGAUACCAAGAUAGUUAUCGUUGUUUUGAAAACUAAUUAAUCAGCAGCUCAGUUGCAGAAAGUUAUUCUUAUCUCUAUUACAGUACUACAUACUCGCUUUAACAGAGUAACUACAUUUAUACUACUUACCAGAUACAAUUUCGUUUAAUAAUUGUCAGAGGCAAGACUUAUAGUUUUGUGGUCUGGUUCAGCCAUCGUAAAUAACUAACGACGUAGCUCUGUAUAUUAAGGCUUUACAAUUAAUAUGAAAAUAAUUUCUUCAGAUUAAUUCAUGUUGAUAACGCUCAUAGUUACCCAGCACUGUUGAUGUCUUGAGUUGCAGAGUUGGUUAGAGAUACUGAACUUCUCUGCUUUAGUUUACAUGCAUGUAUUCACAUUAUUCAUACUUUAUGUAAUAAACACCAUUUCUCAUCAUAUCUUCUAAAUUCUUCUAUGAAACUUCUUCACUUCAAAUAUUACUGUACGUGUAUAGUUUUAUAAUGUAAAUUAAUUCUUUCUUAACUGCUGUUACUCGUUUUUGGGAGAACAAGUAUGAAUAUGUAUUAUGCUAGCCCUUUUUAUUUUCUUUUAUACAACACUUUUCUGUAUGGGGUACCGGUUAUGUCCAGAGUCAAUCUUUCACACAAAAGAACAGUGGACUCUGUUUUAAGAACAUUAGAAUUUAUCCCAGGAAGGAAGUAUAAUUUGAGCUUUUAAUUUAUUAUACAGUACAUUUUUUUUAUUGAAUACAGUAUACAAGUAUACCAUAUUAUGCUUACAUUAUUUAUUAGAGAAAUGCAAAGAUUCCUCAUUUUAUUUGCUGUAGCUGCAGCAUGGGUGAAAUGGAGAGAUAGCUAUACUAUUGGUCAGUAAAACUUUCCCAUUAUUAGAAAGAACAAUGGCCGAUUUAGGUUACAUAAGGCCUGUACUACUCUAUACAGAGGAAAAAUGGAUGAUAUUUGAUAUUUUGGAAAGUACUGAAUGUUAAGAUUCAUGGCCAGAGUAUAGUGGGAAGAUCACAUAUGAAUGAGGAAGUGAUGGAAAAUUGUGUUCAUUGGCUGGGAAAUAGACAUCUCUCGAAGGUUGUGAUGUUUUGAACACAAUGAGAAGGGAUGAAGAACAUUUAGUCAAAAAAGUUGUGGAUAUGGAAGUAGGACAAAUAUUUACUAGGAAGGCCAAUGAAAUCAUGACGUACUAAAAGGGUGGCUGAGACCUUGUGGGAGUUUAGGCAGAACGUGCACACGUCUUAAAAAACAAUUGUGACGAUUAGAAGAUUUUCGUAAUAUAUACACCUAGAUUUAUAAUUCAGUGCUCAAUCACAUCACACUUUUUAAUAAGUAUUGUGUAACGAUUGCAGAGAAGUUUUUCCAGAAAGUUGGUCUCUUUCAAUUCAUGAAGAGAGAAGUAAGCUUCAAGCAGAAAACUUCAUUCUUAUGCAGUAGUACGUCUUUUUAUAUAAAACCAUUCUUCAUAUAUUUUUGAUAUUGUAUGUUUUAGCAAUCUUUCCUUUUUUGUCAAUUCUAUAUCAAAAGCAAUGUAUUCUCAUAAUUAUAUGAAAAGGCAUGUUAAUUCCUGGUGCUUCCAGUCUCAGAUGCCAGUUUUGCUAAUGUCUGUGAAACAUGUACUUAAAAAUAACUUUUUAUCAGACUGUCAAGCAUUCUCUAUUUACUAUAGCAGUAUGUAGGUCUAUUUUUUCCUAUUAGUCUUGAGUGUAAAUGUAUUUUACUUUAUAUUUUAUGGGUCCAUAAUCUAAGGUGUCAUCUUUUCACACUUAAAGUCUGCAGGUGGUCUGCCUUUAGAAGGUUAAUAACUGACUUCCACAGUUUUGACAUAAAAAGCUGAAAAAUCAUUCAUACUGUAUCUUGUAAUAUGAAUGUGCUAACUUGCAUAUGCAGUACUGUACUUCAUAGCUAUGAUUUUUUGGUUAUUAUAUUUGAAACAUUUUUCUUUUAACUGCAAAGCAUAUGAAUUUCAUUUCCAUUAAAUUUAACAUAUCUUAAUCUCAAAGAAUUUGUAAAAGACUUGUUGGAUACUACAAUUUUAUAGUUACGUACUAAAAAAAAUUGCCUCAUCACAAUCCAUGAGUCAUGAUUUAUUCUCGGCCUCAGAUCUGGCAGCUGUGCAUUAUCUUAAAAGAAUAUUUAAAAGAACAUAUCCCUCUUUAACCUGUGGUGCAUUUAGUCAGGGAAUUUCAGCAUAAUUUAAAUCAUAAUUCCUUCUAAUUCUGUAUGAGAAAUGACCUGCAGUAUUCAGGAUUUUUAGUUUUUGUUUUUAAGAUUUUAAGGUUAAAAAUGACUUGUGGGUACAUUCCUCUUCCCUGUCCAACUAGAAGUACUUUAUUGUGGCUUGUUUUGAAACAUAUCUUUCAAUGCGUCUGUUUUCUUGUUCAUUCUCAAAAUUCUAUGCAGGAUUUUCUUACCAAGCCACUAUAACGUAACUUUCGACUUUGUAUCUACAAAAAAUGGUAGAUAUGCCCAUGCAGAGCAUUUCCAAAUAAAACGGAAAUGGUGAAGAUGAUUUGUUCCUGCUGACUACAACUACAAUUUUCAACUCUGUUGGCCUCAAGCCCAGGCAAAUAGGGAGGGAUGGAGUCAUGAAAAUCAUCUGCCAAAACCAAUUAUAAAAUGAGCCAUUAAGACAGAAGCAGCUGAAGGAGGCUUAUUAAAAACUGUGACCCAAACUAUGGAUUUAAACUGAAAAGGAUAUGAAGACUACAACUAGGAUUCUAUAUAGGGACUUGCUUCAUAUACAAGAGCAGGUGAUAGUGGAAAUUUCAUUCAUUCAGAUAAUGUUAGUCUCACAGUAAAAGUAGACUUCUCAAGUAUGUAUACUAUUGGUGAUCUCUGUAUUUCAGAAAAUUACUCAUUUGAAAAGAUAUAUGAGUCUGUGCCUCAUUGAGAUGGUCUGUAAAAACCCAAAAAUUGGACCUUUUUCAGAAUGUUGUAGAUCAUUUUUCUUUCUAUUCUCACACCUAACUAUUGAGAUACUUUAUGUUAGCACAGUUUCAGAAACUAUAGGUAGAUUAUGUUUAUGUUAAUGGCAGAAGGGCCCCCUAAGAGCAGAUCUUUAGAGUUAUAUACAGCAAUAGUAGCACAUGAAGCAAAAUAUAUGAUUUUAUAAAACUAUAUAUUUUCAAGUGUAAGAAGGUUGUUAGUUUUUAUAAGUGCCUCUUUUAAUAUUUAUUUUUUUAUCUCUGUACAAAUUCUAAAUACUAUGUCAAAAUAGUCAGAAUUUUAUAAGUAAGUAGAUGUAAGCAAUGGUUGUAAGAAUACACUGACAUGGAUGUUGUAGGUAGAUGUCAGAAUCACAAGCUGUAAUCACUCUUAUAUUGUGGCUUUAGAAAUUGUGUUGGCAUAUUAAACAUUAUUUAGCCACAACAGUAAAAUGUUAUACACUGUAAUGACACCAUAUCUAUGUGUGGAGUAAUUGGUGUGCAAACAUACAUGGUUACCUGCUUUUAAAAAUAUUUUAGGAGUACAAUAUAUGAAAAUGAGCAAACAACUGGACAAAACAUAAGUAAUGUAUGUCAUAUUAUUUUGACUUUUUUACUAUAAGUUCUCCCGUCCGCCAAAUCAUUCAUUUCAAUUGAAGUGAAAAGAAAUCACCCAUAAAAUUGUACUCCUUCAUUUCUGAUUUUUGUCUUCCAGUUAUGCCUCACUAUGCCAAGACAGCUCAAGUAUAAUGUUUGUGUACUAGACUGAUUUUAUGAGAACAUUUUUUAUCUAAAGAUAUCGGCUGGUUUUAUAUUUGAACAUUCACAAUCUUGUUAGUUUCAUGGAACAAAUAUGAAGACUCAUAGGAGAAAUUUUUGGGUAUUGUUGAUUUCAAUUUUGCAAUUUUUCAAUAAAUAUUUAUAUCUGAA